UCGGUGACUACAGAUGGAGACAGGGAGAAGCGGCCUUGCGAUGAAUCUCAACGAGGAGGAAAACAAGUCAUAAUAGAAUGAGACACCACUCCCAACUUCGCGAACGGAGCACCGAAACAUGUACAUUUCACUGCUCUUAUACAACGGAUAGUUCUACCCCGAAUGGAGGGACUAGUGGACGGCGCUUCCCUUCGGGCUUUCUGGGGGCUGCACAUUUGGGCAGAGCUUCUACAAGCGCGUCUACGAUAGAGGCGAUUUAGGGAGGACAUCAACGGAUCUCAACAUCAGCCAGACAUGAGUUUUGUUUACUAUUGAGGGUGAACAUAUCGUCUGAAGACGUGAAAUAAGGAAUGUAUGGGUGGAGCUGCGGUUUGUUUAAUAAAACAUGAGGAGCACCGCUUGGUACACUGUGGUCCCAAUUUAUGGAGUGAUUUAUCGCUUUGGAUGCUUGAGCAUCAUGACCCACUGACGUUUCCGAAGAGAGCGCAUUGUUUUGGAUCCCAGAGGUGACAACAGAAUGCCAUUCCAAUGAGGUGAUAUCUUAAUAUGAACAUUUGCUGGACCAUCCAUACACUGCUGGUUGGCUGAUGAAGUAAUUGACAAGAUAUUAGGCUAUAUUUGCUGGAAUCUAGGCCACAUAUUGGGAAAACCAGCACGAUUUCAACCAUGUCGAAAGCUGCCACAAAAGAGAAGAAAUCCUUCAGCAAGAAGCUUUUCCGGAGGGGCUCGGUGCGCUCCGUGGGGAGCUUUAUGAACCGAGUUCUCCGGACUCUUUCCACUUUGUCCCACUUCGGUAACGAGGAGCACGCCGCAGACGAUGAGAAGGACGACGCAACUUUCAUCCAGACCACAACAGGGGGUUCGGUCCCCUCUGACGAUAGCGACUGCGGCGGAUUUCUCUUCGGGGACAAGGUCCCCGGGGUUGCAGGACUCAAGAACCAUGGCAACACUUGUUUCAUGAACGCUAUUUUACAAUGCUUGAGCAAUACCGAGCUCUUUGCCGAAUAUCUAGCCUUAGAACAGUUUCGCGGAGAGGAAGUAAACGACAAAGCAAAGUCGAAUGGUUUGUUGUUGCAAAAGAAGCCACCGCAGGAUACAGGUGAAGUCACUGAACAACUUUCGGGCCUGGUGAGAGCGCUGUGGACCUUUGAGUACACCCCACAACACAGUCGGGAAUUCAAGAAUGUGGUGUCGAAGAGCGCCCUGCAGUUCCGUGGUAACGCCCAGCACGACGCCCAGGAGUUCCUGCUGUGGCUGCUGGAUCGCGUUCACGAGGACCUCAACAACAUCGUCCACCCCUGCAGCAGGCCGCCCAGGAAGCCUACAAUAGAAGAUGAGACUGUCGCUGAAGGAUCUCCAAUGCCAGCUCCAGGCUCCUUCGUCCAGGAGCUGUUCCAGGCUCAAUACAGGUCGUCUCUGACGUGCCCACACUGCCAGAAACAGAGCAACACCUUCGACCCUUUCCUCUGUAUCUCACUGCCCAUCCCGGUACCACACACUCGGCCACUGUACGUGACGGUGGUCUAUCAGGGAAAGUGCUCCCACUGCAUGAGGGUGGGAGUGGCUGUGCCUCUCUCCAGCACCGUGUCCAGACUGAGGAAAGCUGUGGCCCAGGAGACCAAAAUUCCCACCGAACAGAUUGUCCUUACUGAAAUGUACUUUGACGGCUUUCAUCGCUCCUUCUGCAACGAUGAGGACGACCUUGAGAUCAUUCAGGAGAGCGACUCCAUUUUUGCCUUUGAAACACCUGAGCUGUUCAGACCUGAGCAGAUUCGUUCACAGAGGGGUGUUGUAGGAAGUCCACAUGUGAAUCUGAACCAGAACAACCUGAAGUAUGGCACCGACAACAACAGGAUGUCCUCACAAAUACAGGAGGCUGUGACGCCGCCCCAGAGUCCUAAUAAGAACAGCGGGCAGGCUGACAAGAUCGUUCUCCUGGUGUGCAACAGGGCCUGUGCCGGACAGCAAGGCCGCAGGUUUGGAAAUCCGUUUGUGCUGUACUUGGAGCGUACAGUGACCUGGGAUGUUCUCCAGAAGGAGAUUCUAGAGAAGAUGAGACAUCUUUUGCGUCCAGGGGUGCAUGUUCAGGUUGGGCCAUUCAGUUUGCGUGUAGUAGGUGUGGUUGGAAUCACCUAUCUGUUGCCCCAAGAAGAACAGCCCUUGUGUCACCCCUCAGUGGAGAGAGCAUACAAGUCUUGUGGUCCGGGAGGGCCGCCUCAUGUGAAGAUCGUGGUGGAAUGGGACAAGGAGACUAAAGACUACCUGUUCAAACGCACUGAGGAAGAGUACAUCCCGGACUCGGAGAGCGUGCGUCAGAUGAAGGAACAGCACCUGCAGCCGCAGACCUGCUCCAUCGCACAGUGUUUCCAGCUCUACACCAAAGAGGAACAGCUGGCUCCGGACGAUGCCUGGCGGUGUCCACACUGCAAGCAGCUGCAGCAAGGCAGCAUCAAGCUGAGCCUCUGGACCCUGCCAGACAUCCUCAUCCUCCACCUCAAACGCUUCAGACAGGAUGGGGACAGGAGGAUGAAGAUGCAGAACAUGGUGCGUUUCCCCCUGGUGGGCAUGGACAUGGCGCCCCACAUGGUGAAGAGGAGUCAGAGCAGCUGGAGCCUGCCCUCACACUGGUCGCCGUGGAGACGGCCUUAUGGGAUGGGCCGUGACCCCGAGGACUACCUGUACGACCUUUACGCCGUGUGCAACCACCACGGGACCAUGCAGGGAGGACAUUACACAGCUUACUGUAAGAAUUCCAUUGAUGGCCAGUGGUACUGCUUCGACGACAGCGAUGUGCAAGCCAUCGCAGAUGACGAAGUUUGCAAGCAGACUGCCUACAUCCUGUUUUAUCAGAGGCGAGCCACAAUUCCAUCCUGGUCUGCGAACAGUUCUGUGGCAGGUUCCACCAGCUCGUCUCUGUGUGAGCACUGGAUCAGCAGGCUGAUGGGGAGCCGGCCGCCCAGCCAGGCCUCGUCCGGAUCCUCCAGACGCACGUCUUUAGCCUCCCUCUCCGAGUCGGCCGAGUUCGCGGGCGAGCGCAGCGAAGACGAUGGCCUCUCCACUCGCCCAGCAAUGCGGAGCGUUCCCCGGCAGACCUUCUCGUCGCGCUCGUCCAUGGCCAGCCCCCUGGCGCUGAGCGAGAACGGCACCAAGCCCUCCUGGUCGCUCUCGUCCAAGCUCCACCUGCGCUCCAACUCGCCCUCCCGCUUCUCCCUGGAGUCACACUCGUCCUCGCCCACCCUGGAGAGGAUAGGCGAGGCGGCUGAUGACAAGACCUCCUGCUGCAGUGGCUCGGGCAAGUUGGACAGGCCUCCCGGAGGUAAGACCCUAGUGGCUUUGGAAGGUACUGCAGGUGCUAAGAGGCUCCAGGAGCAGUCCCAGCCCAGGGCAGCGGGCCAGGCCGAGCCCAGGUCCGCCAGCCAGACCACGGACAACAAUAACACGACCACAGCCUCAGAGCAGGCCAGUCCAGGGCAUGGCGCCAUCUCCAAGGAGACCAAGCAGCGAGGCACUGGAGGAGGAGGAGGAGACAGCGGAGGGGCGAAGAGGAGCACAGGGAAGUCUGCUCAGGAGGCUGAGAGGAGCCCCAAGAAGCACAGCUCUCCCACGCCUGACCGGUCGCCCUCGAGGUCGCACACCAAGAGCACGGCCGCCGCAGCAGCUUCCUCCAAGGACAAGAGCGACGCUCCCGCCAAAACCAGCAAGACCGCGUCUUCGAAAACGGCCACGCCGGCGAAGAAGGGGACGGGCCACGCCCAGGAGACGCUGCACCCCGACUCGGCGCAGCAGAAGAAGAGAGGCAGCUCGCCGGGCUCACGGAGUGCCCCCCCGCCACGCAAGACGUCCCCCAGAGGGGCCGCGGAGAAGAGCUCAGCGCCCGGCAGGGUGAGAGCAGCUGAACGCAGCACCGGCAGGGAGGCCUCGCGGCCCGGCGCAGCGCCUGAGAAGGGGACGGGCCACGGCGGGGCCUCCUCGAGGGCGAGCGGAGGAGCGGCGCGGGGCGGGGACGCCGGCGCGUCCGCUGGCCGGCCAGACGGCAGGUCAGGCCGGGGGGCGGAGAGUCGGCCGGGUGGGCGGAGCUCCAGCAGCAGCUCGUCCAUGACCAGCCUUCGAUCGCCGAGCGUGGGCGUUCCGCCCGCCAACGCGGCUCCGCCCCCGCCGAGGGGCCCCCGGAGGAACAGCAAGACGGAGGACAAGGGUUUGUCCUUCUUCAAAAGGCAGAAAGAGACACGCAGAUCGACGGAGGGGAAGACCUCCAGCACCGCCAAGGCAGGGGGAGGAGAGGCCAGGGGAAGCCCAGAGGAAGGGGGUGGGGACCUGGUCGGGGACGGGGAAGGGGACGGGGCCGGCAGGAGGUCCCAGCAGGGGGCGUCAGAGGCCCAGAAGAACACGGCCUCGGUCAAAGACAAGGAGUCCUCUAAGACGUCUACCCCAGCCAAGCGCUCGCUUCUGUCCUCCGCCAAGUCCAAGUCUUCGGGAGCUGAUGCGUCCACGCAGGCCAACGGGAAAGACCCUCACAAAAAGAUCAUGCCUUCUAGAAAGAUCCCCAUCAACUCUACACGGACCACCCACAAGUCCAAGUGAAACGCCCGGUGCAGACCCCAGUGACUCGACAGUGCAGCUAGAAUGUUUCUCGACCAACUUCACUGAUCUCCUCGGGGGAGAUGGACCAAUCGAAGCAUCGCCGGCUCAUCAAUCGUCCAUAUGAUUGGCCGCUGCCACACAUGAAUGACAUGUCCGUCACUGUUCACUUUAUUAAAUGAUUCUAUAGGAAUGGAUUUAAACAAAGCACUUUGUAUGGAUUGCAUUGUUUUUGAAGAAUUGUAUUAAUCAUAUGGAUUAUUAUAUAGUAUUAUAUAAAUGUAUGAACUGCACAUGUAAUGUCAUUUUUACCUGGCCCCGUAGCAUACUGUCAUCGUUCAUCUCGGGCAGAUGUGGAAGUGAGUACUUAAGUAGUAGCGAUCAAGAUUGUGAAACGGUUCAAAGUUAGAGAUAAACCCUAUUAAUGACAGCUCAUACAGUGUUAUGGAUCAAAUAUGGACUGCUCAGUCACCAGACUCAAUUACAGACAUGAUAUAACUUUGCACCUGAGAAAGACGACUGGUACACUGGGAAACAUUUCCAAACGAUUUCACAACAUACAGUUUGCGUAAACAGCAGAGAGCCACAUCUGAACAGCAAACUGCAGUGCCUCAGAUAAUCACUCUUUAAUAUUUUUGUGAAACCAAGAAACCCCCAUUUCUUUGUAAGGUAUUUUAUGAACUCUUGACGUAGAUACAUUUGUAUUAAGAUUUUAACAUUAAUUAACCACUGAGAAUCAUUUUCAGUUGCUCAAAGUAGUAGAAAACUUGCAAAGCCAAUUGAAAAGCUCGAAGAUAUAAUAGUUGUAAGUCCAGUCAACACUAUGCCCUUUCAUAAUGUUGACAACAAUACCGAUAUAUCCGCUCAUGGUGGUAGUGAUUGUUUAACCAUAUUUAAGCAGCCUCUAUUUAUCCCAGAUUAGACCUUCUGACCUGCCGUAGUCUAACGGGGACUCAAAACAGCUACAGUAGCAAGACUUAAGCAGUGACAUGGAGGCCCUCUAAUGGCCCCUCAGCCCCCCCUCCUCCCCCCACCGCUGCCCCCCUGGGGGCUGGAGGCCGUCACUGCGGGUGCACAGCGGGGCCUUAAGGGGGGGACCUCCAACACCAACUGCCAUCUUGAAACAUUCCGUAAAAGACAAACACAGGGUUGAUGUAGAAAGCUACACAAACACAACGCUCAUUUCUCUACACAUAUAUUUAACAAGAUAUAUAUAUAUAUAUAUAAAGACUAUUUAACGGAAUGUCUUUAUAGAGCACCGUAUAUGUACAGAUGAUAUAUAUGGUGAGUUCAGACAGGCCUCCUCCCCCUUUGUCUUUCUCUCUCACAUAACAGCUUGUGCACAUUUUUGUCUUAUGCUACCGAGCAGAUGGGAGUCGAAUUCUGAUUCUUCUGAAUGCACUGAAGUACACUGAGAACAGAGAACCGCCAUUACGAAAUGUAUGUCAGCAAUUCUUUGCAUGAUAUAUUGCUAAUGCAUGCACUGAACUAUGCAAGCAACUCUUGCUAAUGUCCACACUGAGUAUGUUAAACAGCUACUUUUCAAUGUGUAUAUAUUUCUAACUAUAUUUCUGUAUAUUUUUCAAAAUGCCAACAUCAGAGAGCAUGUUUAGGCAUACUUCAAUGCUUUGUUUGCACAUUUUCUUCAAAUAUAAAUUUUUGUAUGAAUGAUAGGUACUGCUCAUUCACCCUCUCUAAGUAAAUCAACUCACACGCUAAUAAUUCUUUCUGUAUUGUGUUUGAUUUUUGUCACGUUUUGAUUCCAAACAAUUUGUACAAAGAUAAUGGUUUUUAAAAGGUAGGACUGAUGUCCUGUCCUGGGGGUGUACUUGCACAGCAGGAGAUCCUGUGGGCUCCUGUCCUGUUUGGCCUCCUGCCUCCGCUUGGCUUACUUAACAUUAAAACAGAAUCAAACCCGCGCGUCUGAAUGCAACAUAAAAAAAAACACUCAACAAAUUAAUAGACUACAGAAAUGAAUGUGAAAGCUUACUCUGUUCAGCUACUCGUCCUGGUUCGCUCUGGUAUGUACAGUUAUAACACUGUGUUAUUAGAUUAUGUUCCUGCUGUCAGAUGGUUAAUGUAAACAAACCAUGUGACAGUUGGUGUUUUCCUUUAACCUGCUCAGUGACUGGUGUCUCGCUGUAUGGGUCAGUAUUAAUCAGAGACAUGGUAGAGGAUUCUAACAGUCUCAUCAGUUGGUCCUAUGAUGCCAGAUUGCCUUUCUGUUCAUCAUUUUUUAAACUGAAACACAUUGCUCAUAAGAUCAUUAUGUUCUAAAGGAUAAUCUCCACUUAAAUCCUGUUUGUCUAUAUUGAUAGCAUUUGCAUUUAGUAGACGCUCUUAUCCAGAGCGACUUACAGUAAGUACAGGGACAUUCCCCCCAAGGCAAGUAGGGUGAAGUGCCUUGCCCAAGGACACAACAUCAUUUGACACGGCCGGGAAUCAAACCAGCGACUUUAGGAUUACUAGCCCAAUUCCCUAACCGCUCAGCCACCUGACUCCAUUAGUAGUGACCCACAGCGGAGUCAUGGUGUUGUCUGUCACAUCCCAGAGCUUAACAGUUGGACAGUUGAGGAAUGUGUAUGUUUGCAUGGAUGCAAGGGAGAGUGAGCAGAGACGUCAGGCACCGACAAGUUCCUGUGUAAAAGGUUUUGUUCCAGAUAUUAAAAUCAAACACGUUGAUGCUGUCAGUGCAAUAGUGACGACUUAUGAAAGAAUAUGUAUCAAAAUAUAUACUUACGGAUAUUGAAAUGUGUUUUGCACAUGUAAUACACAUUUUACACCGGCACACUGUGCACAACAAACAGGGUAUUUGACUUUGCAUCAGUGUCUGGUCAUGUUUACUAUUUUAUGGAAGAGUUUGAGAGAUAAGAACGUACACCAGAUUGGGUAGUUAGGGCAGAUUUUUCUACCUCAUGAAUGGCUGCCGAAAUGACAGUAGAUUAAUGCCACCUCAACACGACAGUAUAUAUCUUUGUUCAGUGGGGGAUGUUGGUGGUGAGAAAAAAGGGAGACAUUGAACAGAAUAGUUAUAUGUCUGGUUCAAACAAGCUUGGAAAUCAAUACAUCUUUAUUGUUUGGGUCGAAAUGGUACUGAAAGAGUAAGAUUAAUUGUUUUUGUGCAUGAGAAUGUCAAUGCUUUUAAGUUAGGUUUAUUUUUUACGCUGUGAUAUUUUAAUGAAUGGAAUGCACUUUUAAUGGUCCUUUUUUACUUUUGAAAUAAUUCAUUACUUUGGAGAGAGGUGCAAUGUUUGUAUACAUGCCACUGGUUUAGCAAUGAAAGAAAAGAAUAUCAUAUAAAAAAAUA